AGGCGUGUAGCAGUGUUUAUUCGUGCGUGUGUAACAUUUGAAAGCCCCAAUUAAGAUCUCCGACUUAAGCUGAUUGGUUAGCUGUAGUUAAAAUAGAGCCAAACCGACGAGUAGCGUGUUUAGUAAAUUAGCACUUCGCCUUUUCCACGUUCAGCUGGUCAGUCAAUUAGUUAGCUAAGCUAGCAGCUAGCCCAGCAGCUGGUAGCUAUGGCUGCAGUUAUCCUGAGUUUCCCCACUCUGCAGGGUCUGAGAAUAUUUACACAAAAAUUAUCAUGGACCAAAAGAGGCGUGAGGUUCGUUUCAGGAGGGGUGGGAAGGAUAGAGAAAGUGUUGAUUGCCAAUCGAGGAGAGAUUGCAUGUCGCGUGAUGCGUACAGCCAAGAAGAUGGGCAUCCGCUCUGUGGCGGUGUACAGUGAUGCAGACAGACACUCCAUGCAUGUGGCCAUGGCAGAUGAAGCCUACCACAUCGGCCCUCCGCCCUCCCAGCAGAGUUACCUCUCUAUGGAGAAGGUUUUGGAAGUGGCCAAGAAGUCUGGAUCACAUGCGGUCCACCCUGGCUAUGGCUUUCUAUCUGAAAACACAGAGUUUGCAGAGGCGUGUAAACAAGAAGGCAUCAUCUUCAUUGGGCCACCUUCCUCUGCCAUUCGAGAUAUGGGCAUUAAGAGCACAUCCAAACACAUCAUGUCAGCUGCUGGGGUGCCAAUUAUUGGUGGUUACCAUGGAGAGGACCAAUCAAAUGAAAGGCUGCAAGCAGAGGCUGCUCGGAUUGGAUACCCUGUGAUGAUUAAAGCAGUCCGUGGAGGAGGAGGAAAGGGGAUGCGUAUUGCACGCUCAGACUCAGACUUCUUAGAGCAGUUGGAGUCGGCGAGACGAGAAGCCAGAAAAUCCUUCAACGAUGAUGUCAUGCUGGUUGAGAAGUUCGUAGAGGACCCCAGACACGUGGAGGUUCAGGUGUUCGGAGACAUGCACGGUAAUGCUGUCUAUCUGUUUGAGAGAGACUGCAGUGUCCAAAGGAGACAUCAGAAGAUCAUAGAGGAAGCACCAGGGCCUGGUAUUAGUCCUGAGGUUCGCAGGAAACUUGGAGAAGCAGCAGUUAAAGCAGCCAAGGCUGUCAACUAUGUAGGGGCAGGUACGGUUGAGUUUAUAAUGGAUGCCCAUCAUAACUUCUACUUUAUGGAGAUGAACACCAGGCUGCAGGUGGAACAUCCCGUCUCGGAGAUGAUCACUGCAACCGACCUGGUGGAGUGGCAGCUCAGGGUGGCAGCAGGGGAGCGCCUGCCUCUCCUCCAGGAUGACAUCAUCUUAGGGGGGCACUCAUUCGAGGCUCGUAUCUACGCCGAGGACCCAAACAACGACUUUCUUCCAGGGGCGGGGCCUCUGCUGCAUCUCUCCACCCCUCCACCAGACCAACACACACGCAUAGAGACUGGAGUCAGGGAAGGGGAUGAGGUGUCGGCACAUUAUGAUCCAAUGAUUGCCAAGCUUGUGGUGUGGGGAGAGGACCGAUCAGCUGCCUUAAAGAAACUGCGAUACUGCUUACGACAAUAUAAUAUCGUGGGACUGAACACUAACAUAGACUUUUUGCUGAGUCUUUCCGGCCACCCAGAAUUCGAGGCUGGAAAUGUGACCACAAGCUUCAUCCCCCAGCACUACGCUGACCUCUUCCCUACUCCGAGAGCUCCCUCUGGGGCUACGAUCUGCCAGGCGGCCCUGGGUCUGGUGCUGCAGGAGAAGAAAGACACACAGGAGUUCACACAAGCCUCUACCGACCCCUUCUCCCCAUUUGGCUCUAGCAGUGGCUGGAGGAACAACAUUCAGUUUAACAGAAAUAUGACACUACAGCUGGGAGACAAAAAAGUCGAUGUGGUCAUCAAGUACAACAAAGAUGGAAGCUACAGCAUGCAGGUUGGCGAGGAGGUGUACCAUGUGACUGGAGAGGUAGAGGUUGAGGGUGGUGCUUUGUUCCUGCACUGUUCUGUCAACGGAGUGAAGUCCCGCCCCAAACUGGUGAUCCUGGACAACACGGUCCACCUGUUUUCCACGGAGGGAAGCUCCCAGGUGUCUGUUCCAGUGCCCAAGUAUCUGGCUGGUGUGAGCGGCUCCGGGGCCCAGGGUGGAGCUGUGGCCCCCAUGACUGGAACUAUAGAGAAGGUGCUGGUGAAGGCCGGCGAUAAAGUGACUGCAGGAGACCCGCUGAUGGUCAUGAUCGCCAUGAAGAUGGAGCACACGAUCCGUGCGCCCAAGUCAGGUGUGAUCAAGAAGGUUUUCUUCAGCGAGGGCUCGCAGGCCAAUCGGCACGCUCCUCUGGUAGAGCUGCAGGAGGAGGGGGAGGAUAACGGGGACGGCGGCAGCCAGUAAAUGCAUCCGAACACACAUAUUAGCAACCGCAAAUACACAGGGACAGGUAGGAGAGAGGCGGAUCUAGUUACUGUGACAACCGGAGCAUCCAGCAUUAGAUAAAUGUUUCUUAAAGUGCAAGUCAGGACCUGAAUCAUCUGUUUGGGAGCGAGCCUGGUUCAGUCUGGAAUAGAUGAUACGAAUACUAAAAACAAAAACAGCUAGUGACAUUAAAUGUUCCCUGGUUGAACUUGAGUCAGUGGGUAAACACCACAAAGAUCUGUACUGUACAGUUGCCUUUCACACAACAGAGUGUUGCCUUCAUGUUGACUGUAUUGUCUGUUUCUGCUUUUCUUUCUUGUGUUUAUAUUUUUUUCUGUUAUAAGUGGCUUAGGCUUCUCUUCCUCUUCUUCUUUUUUUUUUCUCCAAGUCUCUCCACUAAUGUGUUGGUUUCUGUCAGUGGUGUCGUGUUUCUUGAGUAUUUUGGGGGAGUCCUGUCCUUUUGUUCACUUCAGCUAAAUGCACUUGGAUGACGUAGAUUGCUGAGUCUCCUUUCUAUGCACACUGUGUGCACUUCUUUACAUGGACACAGAGACAAAAUGUUCAAAAAUGUUGAAGCAGAUUAGAGGCAGAAGAUAUCAAGUAAGUGAGAAA